AUGACGGAAGUAGUGACAGAUUCAGAGGAAGAUGUGCAGGGGGAAGUCGAGGACCUGAGCCCCCCUGACUUGGAUCGCACUGGUACUUUCCAACAAGUCACGAACCUCCUGGACAUCAUGGACAGUGAGCCGGCGACGACAGACACGACCGGGUCAGGUGUGGACCUGCGGAAGACCCUGGCCUCGGGGAUAAUCACGGAGAAGGCGGCCACCGCGCCCUCUGUGGUGAUGAGCGCACUCAUCCGCUGCCUGCAGGUGCCGGAGAUCUCCCCCCAGCGCAAGGUCAACAUCUACAGCAUCCUCCAGGAGAUCAUCCAGCAGCAGGGCGAGCUGGAGGAGCAGUGCGUGCAGAGGCUGGUGGCCAUCGCCUCCCGCGAGAUGAGGGAGAGCCCUGAGGUGGAGGGCUAUGUGAAUGCAGAAGUGGCCAGUGACACCCUGGUGGCCCUGUCCCGAAACCACUUCAGCCUGGUCAUGUACGAACUGCAGCACCACCUCAAGCCCCUCAGCCUCACCGACGAGUUCGUCAUCGUCACCUUGGCCAAGCUGGCCAACGGCAACGUGUUCGAGUUCAUGCCGUACAUGGGCAUCACCCUGGCCACCAUGUUCACAAUGCUGAGGCUUGCCAAUGACGCCAAGAUGCGCCAGGUGAUCUGUAACGCCAUGGAGACCUUCUGCGAGACGGUGCAGUUCUACCUGCGGCACCUGGAGGACAGCGGGUACCCCGUGAUGACCGAGGACCAGUUCGCUCUGAAGCUGUUCCCCAUGUAUCGCUACUUUGUGACCGUGUGGCUGAGGCACCAGAACCCGGAGGUAAAGCUGGGGGUCAUCAAGGCCCUGAAGCCCAUGCUGAACCUGCUCCUGCCCAAUGAUGACCUGCGGGAACAGGUGUACGACUACAUCCCCCUGCUGCUGGCCGAGUACCAGGGCAGCCUGGAGGCGCUCUUCAUCACACAGGUCCUGAGGCAGAUCCUGGAGAUGUCCGUCUCCACCAAUACCCCCAUCCCCCAGAUGCAGCUGCACCCCCUCUUCACAGAGCUUCAUGUGCAGGUGUGCACCAAGGCCCCGGCCCAGCACCAGUUCAGCAGCCAGAACCUGGUGGAGAUCGUGCACUGCUUCAUAGCCCUGGCUCACUCCUACCCCAAGGAGCUGAUGCGGUUCUUCUUCAGCCAGAUGGAGAUAAGCCAGGAGGCCGUGCGCGUGGGCACCCUGACCCUGAUUAGGGCUGUGGUCAGCGCCAACGAGCCCAGAAUGAACAUCAGGACCGUCUGCCUGGCCAUCCGCGUGGUCAAGAACACACUGUCCGACACCCGCUCCAAGGUGCGGAUGGCCAUUCUGCGGAUCAUCAGCCAGCUGGCUCUGUCCGGCUACCAGGACAGGAUCAAAGGCUGGGGACUGAAGUAUGUGUCGGUGCAGCUGACCUUAUCCACGUACAAACUGACGAAUUGCCGGGAGAGCUUGUAUCAUAGGGACCUGGAGGAGAAGAUGGUGCACAAAGUGACCAUGGACACCGUGAAAGUCAUCACAUCUUCCGUCAGUGGCAUGAGCAACGAGUUCUGGGUGAGGCUGCUGUGCUACAUCAUGGAGACGAACUACACGGAGGCCCUGGCGCCCAUCUGUAUCAGCCUCACCAACCUGGCGGAGCGCCAGCUGCAAAGCCAGGACGCGGAGGCCGGCGUGGCCAGCAAGAACAAGCUCGUGGACCUACCCACCCCUCAGAAGCUGCUGGCCCGUCUGCUGGUGCUGAUGUCGUCACCCUACAAGGGGGAGGGCCGCGGGGUCGCCAUGCUCAACCUGCUGCGGACGCUGAGCCAGAGCAUCGUGCCCUUCAUGGCCGACGUCUGGGAGACGGAAAUCCCACUGCUGGUGCGGUACCUGGAAGAACACACAGAGUUUACUUGGAACCAGAAGGCCUGGGAGGACAAGCUCUUUCAGUUUCUAAAGCACUCUCUCAAGAAGACCCGGGGGUCCACCUGGAUCCUGCGCCUGAGCAGAGAGCUCAACAACCAGAUGGAGAACUUCGACAGCCCCUCCGUGGAGAAGGGCUUUCUGUACCAGGCCCUGGGCUUCACCUUGGCCAUGGCCCCGGAGGCCGACAAGGUGGAGGUGCUGCUGCUGGAGCUGCUGUACAAGACAGACUACAGCAACGGCUUUGACCGGGAGGGUGUGAUUGUGUGCUUUGGCCUGUGUGCCCGUGGCCAGGUGAAGACGGUGCUGAACGUGCUCCAAGACUUCGAGGAGCGGAUCCAGGAGUCGGAGCAGUCCUGGCAGAUCGGGGCUUGGCGGAAGGACCACCCCUGGGGGCGGGAGACUGUGAAGAGCGCCCUCAUGGUGAUGUACAGCCGUGUGGCCUCCUACUGCCACCCCCAGCUGCUCCUCACCCUCGUGGACAACCCCAUCACUGCCAAGAUUAUUCACCACUACUCCAGCAGCUGCCAGGACAUCAGCCUCAAAAUGGCCUUCAUGAAGAGCGUUGCUCAGGUCACCAGCGCCAUCAGAGGCGUCCAGAGUCUGGAAGACUUCCAGUUUGCCCACAAGGUGACCCUCACCGGCACUAUCGCGGCGAUCAUCAAGGCCGAGCCGCCCGACCAGCUGGCUUCUCCUGUGCGGACCAUGGCAAUGGACGCGCUGGCCCACCUGAGCAAGCUGAAGCCUUUCUACUCCCUAGAGGAGAGCAGUGAGCUGAUGGACAUCGGCAUCUACUCGGUGAUUUCUCUGCAGCCCCCAGGAGGGGACAACGAGUCCAUGAAGGCCCUGUAUGGGAAUGCCCUGAGUGCCCUGGAGCAGCUGAUGGAGAGCCUCCUGCAGAGGCACCUGGACCCCAAGGGGCUGCAGGAGAUGGUGCACCUCCUGGAGAAGUGGAUCCUGUCGGAGAAAGAGUGGGAGCGGGAGAAGGCCAUGAACCUGCACCUGCACCUCGUGCAGAUCUACGUCCAGAGCAUCGGCGUCUGCAUCCCCCUGAAGCUGGGGCAGUUUGGCACGCUGGUGGGACUCGUCGCCCCCUGCACCUGUGACACCCACCUGAGAACCCGCCUGGCCUCAGCCAGAGUCCUCUCCUGCCUGCUGGACCUCCACGCGAGCCAGACCUGCUCCCUGUGGGGCGCUUCCAAGGAGAAGGAGCUGGAGAGGUGCGAGAAGGACCUGUGGGGCACAGAUGCAGACUCGAUUCUCUGCGCGUCUGCCCGAAUCGCCAAGGCAGUGUGCAUGGAGUUCAGCAGCGACGAGCUGGUCUCCCUGGUCCAGAAGCUCUGCGAGAACAUCGGGGCCUUGGGCCCGCAGCACGACAAGGCCUCCGUCACCUGGGUCAGCACGUUCCUGCAGACGCGGGCCAGGGAGCUGGAGGACAAGGUGGCCGAGAUCCUGGGCGCCAUCCUGGUGCACCUGCCGGUGGCGGAAGACCAGGACGUCCGGCGCCUCCUCAUUGAAGGCAUCCUCCUCCUGGCACAUUACCACCAGGACACCGUCCUCACGGCGCUGCUCAGGCAGCCCCUGCCCAUGGAGAGCCACCUGACGGAGGUGUGGCUGGCCGUGGCCAAGAACAUGCCCUUUGCAAGGACCAUGCUCCGUGGCCUGAUGGGCCGGCUACAGUCGCGGUUCACCCGGAGGGUCAACGCCACCUCCAAGGCGGACAUCUGGCGCAUGGCCGCAGUGGACCCCUUGAUGACCCUGUGCACCAUCCACCUCCUCGUUGAGAAUAUGGACAGCGAUGACAAGCUGUCCGACCUGGUCCCCGACCUCAUCUACACCCUCCUGCUGCAGCUGGGCAGCAGCUACCAGCCCGAGGCUGCCUCGCCCACCCUGAAGACCUGGAGGCUGGUCCAGCCGGGGCCCCUGCCCGAGGAGCUGACCCUGCAAAGGGUCACCGUGAAGUCCAUGCAGCUCUUGUUCCGGAGGCUGCACAGCGAGCGCCUGCUGUGGGCCCUGGAGGAGCAGUCGGUGUGGACCCUGCUGGAGAGCAGCGAGACCUUCCUGCAGGGAGUGAGCCUCCUGGCCAGGCUGUGCGUGGGGUUCCUGGCAGGCUACCGGCAGAGGCUCUUGGAGCUUGUGCUCAGGGGCAUGGAUUCGGACGUCCUGAGCUGCCGCGUCAGCAGCACGGCGGUCUGCUUCAUGGGCGAGCCGGUGCUGCACCAGGAGAAGCUGCUGAGGCCGGCGGUGCUGCUACUGGAGAGGGGCGCUGAGCAGGAGGAGGACGAGGCCCUGCGGGUGCUCUCCCUGCGCGCCCUGGGGAACAUGGCCCUGGGGGCCCCCAGGAAGGUGAAGCAGUACCGGAAGCUCCUGCUGGAGACGUGCCUGGGCUCGCUGCGGGUCCCGGCGAGCACCCGCGCCACGGCGGAAGGCAUGGAGGCCCUGACCAAAAUCUUGGCCGAGCUCCGAGAAGGGGACGUGGGGGCCUCCUUCGACGCCAUCUCUGAGCACUGCAGACGCUUCUUCGACAACGAGAGUGAGCUCCUGCGCUUCAAGGCCUUCAAGCUCUUUGGAAAGCUGGCGAUGGUGGUGGGCAUUUCCAAGAAGCAUUUCUUCAAGGGCGAAGUGAGGAAGGCCUGGGUCCCCCUGCUGCUGCACUGCCAGGACCCCUGCUCCAACACUGCCCAGGCCUGCACGGCCACCAUGUUCCAGUGCGUGCACUUCUGGGGCUGGAAGUCGCUGGAGCGGCUCCCGCGGCAAGGCGAGGCCAGCGCCGACGAGCUGGCUGUGUUCCAGACAACCAUGUGCUCUGUGCUGACCCAGAAGAAGCCGGCGGUCCUCUACUGCUUCCUGCUGGAGACGCUGACCUACGUCAGAAACAACCUGUCCAGGAUCAGAAUCGCCUCCUGUAACCUGGCAGGGAUUAUGAUGAAGCAGAUGUCUGCCCAUUACCUGAAAAAGCUGGACUUCCCCUCGCUCCGCAACUCGCUCCAGGAGCUCCAGCUGGACACGGACCCUGGUGUCCGGAGGGCCGCCCUGGAGACCCUCAAAGUCUUGGACGGCUGCAGCCAGCACUGGGUUUCGGCUUCGCCAGGAGGAAGGUCCUAG